CAAUAUACAUUUGUUUUAACAGUGUGUAUAACGCAUCGCAAUUUGUUUCUAUUUCAUUCCAUUACAUCUUGAAAAUAUUUUAUUAUCUUCAGUCAAAACAGUGUCUGUACGCACAACUUGUACAUUACGUCAUAUUUUGCGUUGUCAUAAAUCUUAACUUUGCCAAGUUAUAAAUGUUUAAGUUUCGAGUUGUAAGCUUCCUCAUGUCAUGCUUGGUUUGUUCAAGUUUGUUUCGCAUUCAGAGCAAGAGUAAGUUGGUUAAAAAACCCAGCCUGAUUUUGUUAUGAUUGGGCAUGAAGAUUUCAUAAACUGAUUUUCAGUGUGAGUAAACUCAUUGCAGUCACAUGCAAUCCUGCAUCCACAAAUUAUGUGAUUAUGUUAAUUAUGGGCAAUUUUUUUUUACGUGGUUAUAUGAAAACAUGUACUAAACAUGUGUAGGUUACAAUCAGAGAGGACAACCUCUUUCUCUGCUACAGUGUUGGGCCCGUUCCACUGGACACAGACAUCAGUUCAACGUCGUUUUGAUUUACAUUUUGUUGAGUUGUCAACUAACGUGAAAUCAACGGGAAAUCAACAACAAUGUCACCACAUCAUCUGAUUUAAAAAAUACGAAAUGGCCUUAUGUUGAUGACUUUUGGCACAUCCAAUCAUUUUCCCACGCUGAUUCAACGCCAUUACAUAUUAUUAUUUUAUGACGUGGAAACAACGUUGAUUCAACCAUUUCCCCCCCUAGUAGGGUGUCUGUCAGUAGAUUAUAAUAAAAUAGCUAGAAUAGAACAGAAUAGACUGGAAUAGAAUACAAUAGAAUAUCGGUUAAAAGCUAAAUAAUUCCCCAACAACAACAGGCAAGAACUGUCACUAUAUGGGGUUGUUAAAGACUUACAGCUUUCACAGUGGUGGGUAGAUGACAGCGACGACCUAUAAAGAACAAUAACGGUCAGGGACCAAGGACUCAUCAUCAGUUCGCGCGCUCAUAGAAUGGGACACGACGACGCACUGUCCUCAAAGUCCCCUUCCCAUUCAUGCUUUGGCAGGAGAGACGGGGAGAAAAUAUCCAUCGAGGCACUUAGCUACAGCCAAAGCGAUGGACCACAUGCAUUUCAGAUGCUUACAUUCAGAUGUGGCUACAAUGAUUCUGUAUCACGAAAAUGUAACGAAUACCGAUGUGAAUCGGGCUAUUGCGCACCAAACAGUCACGUAAUGCGUGUUUUAAUCUCAGUAUUUUGUGGUCACCGACUGGCAUAGUUAUUUUUGUCGAGACAUUUUGAUACCUUCGUGAAAAUGUAUUUUUUUACAACAGCAUGCGUUCAGCACAAAAUCCCUGCAGGGGCUAGUAUUGCUUAUUUAAUCAUCAAUCAUUUUGUGUGAUGUUUUUCAAGAACGUGGAGCAGUGUUUUGCAUGAAGUGAUGAAGCCAGAUGCCAACGCAGUGGAAUCUGAACCCGGCAGAGUACAGCCAGCGCGUGCUGUGGUCGUGGAGCGGAUAAAUGCCAUCGCGUGAAGCACUAACCCCCACAAAGAGAACUCCAUGUCUUUCUUGGACUGCUCCUGCAUCUCCCCCACUCAGGUCCAGCCAAUCAGCAUAGAGGACCAGUAUGAGGACGUCAGCCACCAAUACCUGAGCUCCGACGUCUCAGAAUGCACUUUCACCUGGGGUGGUGCAGGCAGCGAUGACAUCACAGCGCUCUCUGCUAACUCCGCCCACUACCAGCUGCUGUCAGAGCUGGGGAAAGGCUUCAACAACCUGAGCCAGGUGCGCAUGGCGCGCCACACCCCCUCCCGCCAGCUGGUGGCAGUCAAGAACACCAACCUGGAUGAGUGUACUGAGGAUGAGCUGCUACAGUUGAUGAACGAGGUUCUUCUCUCCAGGCUUUUCCGCCACCCCAACCUGCUGACCUCUCGCCUGGUCUUCAGCUCCUGCUGCCAGCUCUGGGUCCUCACACCACUCAUGGGCUACGGUUCGGCAGAUAGCCUGCUGAGGACCUUCUUCCCUGACGGGAUGAGUGAGUCCCUGAUCGCUUACCUCCUCCACGGAGUCCUGAAGGCUCUGCAAUACCUGCACCUCAUGGGCUACGUGCACAGGGGAGUGAAGGCCAGUCACAUCCUGCUGUCUGGGGAGGGCCGUGUCUACCUCUCGGGGCUGCACAGUGUUUACAGUAUGAUGCGGGAUGGGAAGAAGGUGAGGACUGUGUUCGACAUGCCCCACCACAGCCCCGCCCUGCUACCCUGGCUCAGCCCAGAGCUGCUACGACAGGACCUGCAUGGCUAUGGGGUGAAGUCAGACAUCUACAGUCUGGGGAUAGUAGUCUGUGAGCUGGUCAGUGGCAGGGUGCCUUUCCAGGACAUGCCCCCUACACAGAUGCUGCUCCAGAAGCUGCGUGGGUCCCACUGCUGCCUGCUGGACGUGGCCCCCUCCCCCCUCGGGGAGCUGAGGGGGCUGAAGGUGUCCCGCUCCGGGGUGGACUCUGGCAUCGGGGAGAGUGUUGCCACGGGCAGCCUGACCCGCACCGCCACCGCCGAGAGACCUCAGAGCCCCGCCCCCAAGAACCACUCGGUCACCCUGCACAACCUGGUCCAGCUGUGUCUGCAACAGCAGCCCGACUGCAGACCCUCUGCUUCUACACUGUUGACCCAUGCCUUCUUCAAACAGGUGAAAAGGCAUCAUACCCGGGACUCCUUCCUCAGUCUCAUGUACCCCGCGGUGCCCCUUGGAGUUUCCAGCCCCGAUGACCCCCCUGUGUCCUGCUCCCCUUCCCCGUCCUGCCACCCCCCCACCUCCUCCAUCGCUCACUCCACAGAGGAGGUGUGGGACUUCUCCUAACCCUCCUCCCUGCCCCCUUCCACCUCUGCCCCCCACAUCCCAAAACCUGACAACCAAGCCUAACUCAAGACAAUCAUAACGAUAAAAAAAACAGCGAACCCAAACCUUUCUACUGUGCUCUGAUUGGACCUGUCCUACCCACCACUCUGAGCCUUUCUACUGUGCUCUGAUUGGACCUGUCCUACACACCACUCUGAGCCUUUCUACUGUGCUCUGAUUGGACCUGUCCUACCUACCACUCUGAACCUUUCUACUGUGCUCUGAUUGGACCUGUCCUACCCACCACUCUGAGCCUUUCUACUGUGCUCUGAUUGAACCUGUCCUACCCACCACUCUGAGCCUUUCUACUGUGCUCUGAUUGAACCUGUCCUACCCACCACUCUGAGCCUUUCUACUGUGCUCUGAUUGGACCUGUCCUACCCACCACUCUGAGCCUUUCUACUGUGCUCUGAUUGGACCUGUCCUACCUACCACUCUGAGCCUUUCUACAAGUUUUCUAUGCUUUCCUAUGUUUGUUUUGGAACUCAAAUAAGGUUCUGCAGGUGGAUGUUUAUUGUCUUGAGUCUUGUCCUGGAGGCAGAACUGAGCCAUUUCCCCUUAGAUAGGCCAGCUGCUGGAAUAGGAGGGCGGGAUUAUUGAAGCUGCUCUGCCUGGACCAUCCAAUGAGGAUCUCUGUGCCAUGGGUGUGGCUGCCGGUCAACGACAAUGACAACCAAUGACGUUGCAGGACAGUGAGGACACACCCCCUAUGCCCGUUUAAAGACCUAUCACUGGACUCAUAUGGAUCGUACUACGAACAGUAAUGUGAACUAUUUUAGGCUAUUAGACUGUGAAAGGGCAUAGAUAAUAAUGUGUCAGGGUUUGAAGAGGAAGAUAAUAGAUAAUGAUAUGUUAUGGAGUUGGAGAGGGUAUAAGUGUUAAAUCACAAGUGUGUGAGCAGAGACGGUACGAGAAUAGCUAGUGUGUUAGUGGAAGUUCUAUGGUUAUCCCUCUUGUCUUGUGAAACCAGCCUGAUCUCGCGAUAGCUCACAUUCCCGAAGUGAAACUAAACGUGAGCUCAGCAGUCCGUCUGAUUGACCAGGCUGCUAUCCCUCCCCUGUACAACCAGUGAAAUCCCUGGGAUCAAAUAAGAACUAUAACACUACCACUACUGUGGUUUGAGAUGCACUACCCUAUACACGUCCUCCGAGUCAUAAUAAACGUAUGGGAGGAUCCUCAAUUGUAUCGUUUUAAUGAAAUCUGUGAACUGUUUAUGAUACAUUUGUGUGUUUUAUUCUGUGAUUGAUAAUUAUGUGUAUGAGAGACAUUGUAUGUAUCAGUGCAUAUCAAACAUGUUAUAGCUGUAUGAGCCUUAUAGAAGUGUUAUAAAUAUAUUCAUUAUCAA